AUGCCUCAACACGAGUAUACACCGCAGCAGUACAUACCCAUUCAAGUAAAUGGGCAUGUCGGAGGCACAGAGCAUCGCGCUCCCAACGUCCAACUCGAAUCCACUGAUGGAGACACAAGUUUCCAGUUUACCUUCGAAGCAAUUCGACCAGGCCUCUUUCGAACAACAUUCUCCUCGAAAACACAUCCUCUCCCUCCCCAUCCGAGCUGCUCUCGCCCUGUGGUCGACUUCGGCGGACUGAAGCCUACUACCCAAUCCACCGCCUCGCAGAAGACCAUCGAAGUUGGGGAUGUCACCGCUACCGUCGAUUGGAGCGGCCCCCCCCUCGUCACCCUUCAAUCUGCCGGCCAAGAAAAGGCGAUCCACCGAGACCUCGAUUUCCGAUCCUACUGCGUGGAUUCUACAGGAAUCGCACAUUACACGAGAUACAAGAGAGACACACUUCACGUUGGGCUUGGCGAGAAGGCUGCACCCAUGAACCUGUCGAAUAGGCACUUCGUUCUUUCCGCAACAGAUUGUUUCGGAUACGAUGUUUACAGAACAGAUCCACUCUACAAACAUAUCCCCCUCCUAAUCAAUGCCACUCCAGAUGGCUGCGUUGGCAUAUUCUCAACAUCACACAGUCGUGGAACAUACUCGAUCGGUGCCGAAAUUGAUGGCUUGUGGGGCCACUUUAAGGUCUACCGUCAAGAUUACGGCGGGUUGGAGGAGUACUUGAUGGUGGGGAAGACAAUUCAAGAUGUUGUCAGGACAUAUGCAGACCUGGUCGGAUAUCCCAAGCUUGUGCCGCGCUGGGCUUUCGGUUACAUUGCUGGCGGUAUGAAGUAUUCCAUGCUGGAUGAACCACGGGCUUCAGAGGCCUUGAUGGACUUCGCCACAAAGCUUAAGACACAUGACAUUCCAUGUUCGGCUUUCCAGAUGUCAUCCGGAUACACUGUGGCCGAAACCGAGCCCAAGACGAGAAAUGUAUUCACGUGGAACAAGCACAGGUUCCCUGAUCCAGAGGGCUUCGUUGCAAAGUACCACGAGGAAGGCAUUCGCAUUAUCGCCAAUGUCAAGCCUUAUGUCCUUGCCAACCACCCGGAGUACGACAAGCUGGUUUCGUCCAGUGCUUUCUUCACUGAUCCAAGGACCAAGAAAUCUGGCAUUGCUCGAUUAUGGAGUGCAGGUGGAGGUGAGAGUGGUGAAGGCGGGCACAUUGAUUUCACCUCUAAGGCUGGCUUUCAGUGGUGGUAUGAAGGCGUAAAAGCACUUCGGAAAUGCGGCAUCGAAGGCAUCUGGAAUGAUAACAAUGAAUACACCAUCCCGGACGAUAAUUGGCAGCUCGCCCUGAACGAUAUUGAUCAAGCGACGGCAGAGACUGGGAAGGCCAUUGGCCUCUGGGGAAGAAGCUUACAUACCGAGCUGAUGGGACAGUCUUCUCACGAUGCUUUGGUCGAUCUAGAGCCAGAGAUCAGACCUUUUGUACUCACUCGAUCAGCUACUGCCGGGACGAUGAGAUACGCUGCAAGUUCCUGGAGCGGGGACAAUGUUACCAGCUGGCCUGGGAUGAAAGGUGCGAACUCGUUGGCUCUCAAUGCAGGCAUCAGCUUGCUUCAGUGCUAUGGUCAUGACAUUGGUGGCUUUGAAGGUCCACAGCCAAGUCCAGAACUUCUACUCCGCUGGAUCCAGCAUGGCAUUUAUUCUCCACGGUUUGCCAUCAACUGCUUCAAGACUGAUGAAAAUGACAACACGAUCGGCGGUGUUAUCGAACCGUGGAUGUAUCCCGAGAUCACUCCUCUCAUCCGAGACACGAUCAAGCGUCGUUACGAGAUCAUACCUUAUCUAUACUCCCUGAUGCUCCAGAGCCACAUGACGGCCUUACCACCUCAGCGAUGGAUCGGUCAUGGCUAUGAGUCCGAUCCAGAGGUCUGGACACCCGAAGUAAUGGCCGGUGAGACGCAAUACUGGCUUGGUGACACCAUUCUUGUCGGCGGUGUCUACGAACCUGGAAAUACGACUGCGAGGAUGUACCUCCCAACAAAGGGGCCCGAAGAUCUAGGAUACCUCAAUCUCAAUGAACCUCAUCAAUAUCUACCAGCUGGCCAAUGGGUGGACAUCAAUUCCGAGUGGAAAGACAGCAUCCCUCUUCUCGCCCGAGUCGGCGAAGCCAUUGCGGUAGGAAAGAAUCUCCAGACGCGCUCCACUGGCGAUCAUAGAUUUCCUUCUCCCAAUGCGGUUGAGGAUGAUUAUCGAGCCGUGGAGAUCUUUCCUCCAAAGGGGGCUUCGAACAAAGAGCACUCGUAUGUUUGGUACGAGGACGACGGAAUUUCGUCUAAAUUGAGCAUGUCGACAUUUACGUUGACGUGGAGCUCGACUGUGGAGAGUAUUACGGCGAAGGUUGAGAAAGCCGGCGAGUAUGUACCGCUUUGGAAAGAUUUGGAGAUAGUGCUUCCUGUCGGCGAUAAGAGGAGUGUCAUUAUGAGUAAUGGCUCAUCCUGCCAAAGAGUUAGGGACAGUCGUGGGCGCACUGUUUUCAGGAUCGUCUAA